UUGUUCUUCGCAGGAACGUGUGGUUUGUUGUUGUGCACAAGUGUGAAGUCGUGAAGUCAAGACUCUUCUGUUAUUUUUUGCCUUUCGUAAACCAGUAACAGAAUGGAGGGAAUGGAGGAUACGAUUAAUGAAGUUGAAACCGAAACUGAAACUGUCACCUUCAAGGAUUUGGGUGUUGUCGACGUGCUAUGUGACGCCUGUGAGAAACUGAAAUGGACCGCACCAUCGAAAAUUCAGAGAGAAGCUAUUCCAGUCGCUCUUCAAGGUAAAGAUGUCAUAGGUCUAGCAGAGACUGGCUCGGGUAAAACAGGCGCAUUCGCUCUCCCCAUUCUUCAAGCACUUCUCGAAAAUCCUCAAAGAUAUUUUGCUCUAGUUCUGACUCCUACGAGAGAAUUGGCUUUUCAAAUUAGUGAACAGUUUGAGGCAUUAGGUGCCAGCAUUGGUGUCAAGUGUGCUGUAAUUGUGGGUGGAAUGGACAUGAUGGCACAGUCUUUAAUGCUUGCAAAAAAGCCUCAUAUUUUGAUUGCCACACCUGGACGACUUGUUGACCAUCUAGAAAACACAAAAGGGUUUAAUCUGCGAGCAUUAAAGUUUUUAGUCAUGGAUGAGGCAGAUAGAAUUUUGAAUAUGGACUUUGAAGUUGAAGUUGAUAAGAUCCUCAAGGUUAUACCUAGAGAGCGCAGAACUUUCCUUUUCUCAGCAACCAUGACUAAAAAAGUCCAAAAACUUCAAAGGGCGUCCUUGACCGAUCCAGUGAAAGUUGAAGUUUCAUCAAAAUAUCAAACAGUUGAUAAACUCCAACAAUCCUAUUUAUUUAUUCCUGCUAGGUUCAAGGAUGUUUAUCUUGUUCAUAUUCUCAAUGAAAUGGCUGGAAAUUCAUCUAUGAUAUUCUGUUCAACAUGUAGUAAUACGAUGAGAACAGCCCUUCUACUGAGGAGUUUAGGCAUGAUGGCUGUGCCUCUGCACGGACAAAUGUCACAGAACAAGCGUCUUGCUGCGUUGACAAAGUUUAAGGCAAAAUCCAGAUCCAUACUUAUAUCAACUGAUGUUGCUAGCAGAGGUUUGGACAUACCCCAUGUAGAUGUUGUUAUCAAUUUUGACAUUCCCAUGCACAGUAAGGACUACAUCCACCGUGUGGGCAGAACAGCAAGAGCAGGUCGUGCUGGUAAAGCUGUAACCUUCGUCACUCAGUAUGAUGUAGAGCUUUAUCAAAGAAUAGAGCAUCUGAUUGGCAAGCAACUGCCUUUAUACAAAACGGAGGAGGAAGAAGUGAUGCUUCUGCAAGAAAGAGUAGCAGAAGCCCAGCGUGUAGCCAAAAUGGAAAUGAAAGAUCAAGAUGAAAAGAAGGGAGGAAAACGGAAGAGAGGUGAUGGAGAGGAUGAUGACAUGGAAACAUCAAGUGGAGUAAGAAAACGGUUGAUGGGAAAGAAGGGUGGAAAGUUCGGGGGAGGGAAGGGUGGCAAGGGUGCGAGAGGUGGCAAGGGUGGGGGUGCAAAAGGGAAGCGUCACUGAUUAUUUUUAAUGUGUUCUGUGAACCAUAAUUUUUUCCUUUUUUGUAUUAUGCAAAUAGCACAAGGAUGUAAUUGAAUAAAUGUAUAGGAAUCCA